AUGUUCGGGCACCUCAUUGCACGAGCGACAUCUCGCAUUGCAGGUGGCGACGCCCUACGUCGCAACGAAGAAUGGCAGGCGAUUGCAAGCAGCUACUCGACAAAUGUAGGAUUGGUUAUUCUUCUUCUCCGUCCCUUUCCAGACUUUCUUCGGCCCUUUGUGGCACGAUUUCUCCCACCAGUACGGCAAAUGAAACAGCAACUUCAGUCUGCCAAGAAGCUCUUCACACCGAUAGUUGAGCAGCGUCGGACAGCAGAGGCUGCCAACGACCCAGCCUACCAAAAGCCAGAUGAUUUUCUACAAUGGAUGAUGGAUGGUGUAGAAGAUGAGCAAGACUUUGACCCUGAGAUGCUCGCUCAUCACAUGCUUGUCUUGAUUAGUAUGGCGGCCAUCCAUACGAGUUCAAUCACACUGACCCAAGCUCUCUAUGAUUUGAUCGCCAGGCCAGAAUACCUCCAGCCUCUGCGCGAGGAGAUCCAAGUGACUUUGCAAAGCGGAUGGGAGAACGCAACUAAGGCAUCACUGGAUGCGCAACGACGUCUGGAUAGCUUCAUGCGCGAGUCUCAGCGUUUCAAUUCGAUAGGCGACUUGUCCAUGCACCGUAUAGUUAAGAAGUCUUUGACACUCUCCGAUGGCCUCAUCCUUCCUGAGGGCACGCACAUCUGCUUUCCAGCCGGUCCGAUGUCGAGAGAUUCAUCUUUGGUCGCCAAUGCUUCAAAUUUCGACGGCCUCCAGUGGUGUAAAGAGUCAACUGAUCGAAAUGCUCUGAAGUCUGUCCAUUAUGAUACAGCCAUGGAUGGCAUAGAUGAUGCAAGCCCACAUCGUUCCCAGUUGACCUCAACAACGUCAACCAGCUACAUAUCUCUCAGCCCCGCUGCCAUGCACUUUGGCUAUGGACGCCAGGCCUGCCCAGGUCGGUUCUUUGCUGGAUGCAUGAUAAAAGCGAUUCUGAGUCGGAUUCUGAUGGAUUAUGACUUCAAGUUCGAGAAUGGUCGGGCUGGAUGGAGACCUGCCAACCUCUAUGUUGGCGAGCACAUCCUUCCAAAUAUUCAUCUAACUGUGUUACUUCGGAAAAGGAAACUCGACCUUUGA